AUCCUCACCGAUGAACUGCGAUUCCUUUCCAGAACGGAGGCUGGUGUACCUCGUCGCGCUGCAGAGCUGCGAAAAGCAGAAGCUGUGCACGGGGAACUCCAUAAAUUUAUGGAGGAUGUCUUUCGAGCAGUGGCUCGUGCCACUGGACCUUUGCUCAAUGCGCGAGAUUUGGCAUCAAUCACCAUCAAGCACGCAGAAGAGCAGGACGAAGAGAAUGUGGCUCAGCCGUCCGAAAAGGGCAAGGAUGGAGGGCAGGAAACAAGUGGAUUCCUUGGGCAGGUUGCGGCAGCACUCCACGAGCGGAAACCACUACCUGCUGUGACGGCUCAAUGGUCGCGUGCUGAUGUUGUGAGUUGUAUACAAGCCCUCGUCAAUGCAUGGCGCCCUCUUCGUAUAGAGCUCCAUGACUCCCUGCAGGUGAUGCAGGUAUUCCAGUUUGAGCAGAACUCUCACAAGCAGAAGAAAAGAAAAAAGGAGAAGGAGAAAGCUGCUCCGCUGAUACGUCUGGUGUACCUUCCUGGUUGCCAGGAGCUCCACAGUAUCAGUGCACAAAGCUGCAGUCGAGAAGAAGUGCAGGCGUUGAAAGAAAAAAGAGAAGGUCCAUUAAAGGAGUGCAAAGAGGAAUAUGCGCCAUUGGAUGCCGGUCAAGGAAGAUACUCUCAGGCUGAGGACCGAGCUAUAGAGCUUCCGGAAGGAAAGAUCACGAUUGAGCAGGUGGCAAAGGCGCUGAACCAGAUUACCUGGCCGAACUGCUUCACCCGCAGCAACGUUCGCCCGGAUGGAGCUCCAUUCAUUGAGGCUUUCCCCCUUGGCAUUGUGCUGAACUAUUCGCUUGGCCUGGUUUGUUCACGACCCACGCAGCUUUGGCCAAACCUGACCAAGCUGCUGGCAAUGUGGUUUGCCCAAGAGCAACCAGAAUUUCCCUACACGACUGUGCAAUUGAACAAAGAUUAUGCCACGAAGAUGCAUGUGGACGGCAACAACCAUGGACCCUCCUUCAUCAUCGGGUUAGGAGACUACACCGGUGGUGAAGUUUGGAUCCUGGACGAGAACGGCACGGUGGAGGUGGAGAUUCCUUGCACGCUGCGUGGAUGGCCGCACCUCAGGCCCGGCACCAAAGUGAAAGGACGGUUGGAAGAUUGCCACAACAAGUGGGUGAAGUUCGAUGGUAACACCCCACACAUGACCAUGCCAUACAAAGGUUCUCGGAUCAGUCUCGUUUUCUUCACUCGAAGAGGCUGGUUGAGAAUGUUGCCUCAAACCAAAGAGUCGUUGGAGUCCUCCGGUUUCCUCCUCCCGGGUGAGGACUUCCUCAAUCUCUCCACAGUGAAGGAGGUGAAGGAAGAACCUGAAGUCCAAAAGGAAAAAAAGGUUGCAAAAGCUCCUGAAGUCCAGGAAGUGGAGGAGACAGCCGUGAGUGAUGACGAGAUGGAUGAGGAUGAGAAGGCUGACGAAGUCAUGAGAGCGGAGCAGGAUGCAGCGACCUGGCCAUCCUGGGAUUGGGGUGCUCGUUUGCGAGCUCACCUGAACGCCUUCGCAGGUACAGACCUUGCAAACUCGAAUCUCAAGGUGGCACUCUUGGGAAGCGCGAAUGUCUUUGGCAUGGCUUUGCAGGAACUGAUAGGCUCUUCAUCUUUCCGCAUCUUGACAUGUACGGAAGCAGGUGGUGUGGCGAUGCGUUUGAUGAAAAGGACUUGCAAACCUCAGCAUGCCUUCUUGAACCUCGAUGCAGCAAUGGCAGGGCAUGGACACUGCGAUAUCCAUCACAAGGUUUGCACUAGCGGCACUGAGACCAGCGGGUCAGAAGAGACAAGCAUUAUGUCAGAGGAUUUAUUGUUUGGAAGCUUUCCAUGCGAGCCAUUUCUGAAUCAAGAUCCUUCAAGGCCCAGUUGCUUCGAUGACCCCCGAUCAAACGUCUUCAAGUUGCUGAGACAGCAUAUGGUGGUGCAAAAGCCAAGGGCGGCUUUGCUGCUUGUGGAGUGUUGGCAGAAGCUUCCAGAGGCAUCGCGGCCAUCUGUGAAGAGCUUUCUCCUGGAGGGCAAAGAUCCCCGCAUCAUGGAGUCAGAUGAGCAGGCCCUCUGGGGUCUUCGUUAUUUGGAUGGCUAUGGUGCUGCCUUCCUUGAAGUGCCCCUGGCAGCCUGUGGCGUACCACUAGCAGGUCAGGAGGCGAUGAUCGUGCUCAUCCGGGACGACUGCGGCGGGGCUUCUGCAGCCGACGCAGCAUCCCAGUUGGUGAAGAGCAUGCUGAGUUCCGAGCCCAAGCCGCUGCUAGAGCGAUGCUCUAUUCAUGCUCUUAUGUUCAGUGAUGAAGACGAUCGAGUUGUGCAAGCUCAACAGGCAGCGAAGGAAGCAUACAAGAAGGGGAAAUCCCGCAGGAGGUGCCAAAAUGCGACCAUGCGCCGAAAGAUGAGCACUGAGGUUCGAGAGCUGGGUCUACAACCUGGUGAGGCUCCCUACACAGACCACCUGAACGGGAUCAGAAUUGCAGCUGCAAGGAUGGGUCAGCAGGGUCAGACUUCUGCAGACAGAUGGAUCAAACAAGCGCCUGAUGAGAAGGCUGCUCACUUGAACCUUCUCUUUGCGCGAGCUCGUCAGCAUGGCCUUGAUCUGCAGAACCUUUGUGUGGACCUAUCUCAAGGUUUUUCUGCUUCGGGGCGACGCGAUGAUGGACUGCUCCCGCGAUCCACAGUCAUGAAAGAAGAAAGCUGGUCGGAGUUUUACUCCUUCAACCACCAUCGAGCUUUGAUCGGUCAAGAGCUUCUGCUGUGCUUCGGGUAUCCCAUUUGGAGACUCGACUUUCGCAGCAUCUCGGAUGCAGAGGCCACGCAGCUGGCAGUUCGAUCUGCGGCCGUGCCCGCAGUGGGGAUCUGCAUGGCAGCAAUGCUGGCGGUAGUGGAGUUGCCUGGCAAAGAGAAGCUUCCAGAGAAGCACAUCGCAAAUCUUCUUGACAAGGUGGAGUUGAAAGAGGAGAAGCCUGACGUAUCCAGUGAACUCCAGCCAUUGGCCUCGAGUCAGCAUUUUGCACAUUUUCCUUGCGGGGUAGCUUGGGCCAGAGUCAUGAAAGACUCAACUCCUAGCCAUGAACAUGGCGACGUAGCACAGAAUGCAGCCAGCGACCCUGAGGCGUUCACAGCAAUCACUGCACCGGGAAAGACCCAGGGAACUGGUGCACAUGGACAUGGUGGCCACGGUGGACAUGGUGCCCAUGUUUCAGAGGUGAGUGCAAUGAGCGUUAUCUCCGAGACAGUUGCGGAGAUUCGUGAAGCAGGCGUUGUGCUGUUGAGCUCCCUUUGUCUAGUCAGCGUGCUGGAGGGAGCAGACAUGGCACUUUUGCCCGCCGUCUUCUAUGCUCUGCAGACAGAUCUGGGGCUUUCGCUGUCUGACCUCGCCACCAUGACUCUCAUUCAGGGUGUGACGACAUCCGCCGUUGCCCCUUUUUGGGGGAUCCUUGCCGACAGAGGCAUUAUGAAAAGGAAGCGCAUCAUCGUCAUGGGCUGUGUGCUGCAGGGCCUUGUCACAAUGCUUUUGUCCGUCAUCGACUCGAUGGUGGGUAUGACGAUGCUUCGAGCCCUGAAUGGUGCUCUGCUGGCAUCAUUGCGGCCAGUGGCCAGUGGCAUCAUCGCUGAUGUGACUUCGGAGCAGCGCCGGGGCAAGGUCUAUGGCGUCGUUCAAUUUUGCACCAAUUGCGGACUGAUGGCUGGAGGCCUCAUUGGCACACCACUAUCGACCAAAACAGUCCUCGGCUGGCAGGGUUGGCGCGUUGCAUUCAUCGGAAUUGGCUCUUUGUCCGUCUUGGUUGGCAUCUUUGCCGCUUGCACCAUGACGGAGCCAGCACGAGAGACAUCUGGGGCACACGUGAAGGACCGAGGGGCUAUGAGGCAAGAACUGCGGAAGCUGCUGAGUUAUUUCCGCAUGCCCACCUUCUGUGCGCUCAUUUUCCAAGGAUGGUUUGGAGGGAUUCCCUGGAAUGCGAUGGGAUAUGCAACGCUCUUUUACCAAGUCGGAGGACUUGACGAUGCUAAAGCUGCCAUCUUGAGUUCAAUGGGUCAGGCAUCUGGUGCUUUUGGUGGCCUCUUGGGAGGUCUCAUCGGAGAUCGGCUUGCUCGCUGUUGUCCACUGCAUGGUCGGCCUCUCACUGCGCAGAUCUCCGUGCUGGCCGGCAUUCCAGUCGCAUACUUGACCUUCAUGAUGGAUCCACCUGCAGGUGAGGCGGCCUUCUUCUACUACAUGGGGCUUGUGACAUUUCUGGGCCUGACAGCCACUUGGUGUGGGGUUGGCGUCAACCUGCCCAUUCUCACAGAAAUCGUGCGCCCUGAAGGAAGGUCUACAAUUUUGGCCUGGGAAUCUGCAUUGGAGAGCACCUUUGCUUGUAUCCUUGGCAAUGCCAUGGUCGGAUUUUUGGCGGAGAAAGUGUUUGGAUACAGGUUGGAUAAUUCUGACCAUGCCAGAGCUGAUGUUGAAAGUCGGCGUGCGCUUGGUAAGGCUUUGACGCUUACUUGUUUCACGCCGUGGUUGAUUUGCUGGGUGGUCUAUUCACUUCUCCACUGGAGUUACCCCAAAGACUUGAAGCGUGUGAAGAACGAGAAACUGAAGGACAAGAAGGAAGCCUAUCUGCAACGAAAGCGCGAAAAGGCUGAAGAGGCUAGAAAAGCAAAUGAGGCCAUGGAGAAAACCGAAGAACCAGAGGUGGAGAGUGAGGCUGUACAAAAGUACACCAUCAUUUGCACCAAUGUGGAUGGGACAACUAUGUCCCCUAUGUCUUCUCCAGUGGCAAUCUAG